AUGGCAACUGGCCCGGCAUCUUUCCACGAUGAAGACUCCCAACCCUCGUCUCGCUUCACCUACCGUCACUUCCAGCUUCUGCGGUCCUUCUCAACCCGCACCCCCCUUCGAGUCAUAGCCCACAUCGAUCUCGAUGCCUUCUAUGCGCAAUGUGAAAUGAUACGACUGAAUACCCCGCGAGAUCAACCUCUAGCUGUCCAACAAUGGCAGUCUCUGAUCGCGGUUAACUAUGCUGCCCGCCCAUUUGGGGUCUCGAGAAUGAUCACAGCCGCAGAGGCAAGGAAGCUGUGUCCCCAGCUGCUAACGCCACAUGUUGCGACUUUCCGGGAAGGAGAGGGAGAACAUUGGGCAUAUAGAGAAGGAGACUAUUCUGUUCAAAAGGAUAAAGUCUCGUUAGACCCCUACCGUGCAGAAUCGAGGAAGAUUCUAGCAGUUAUGAAGAACACACUGCUAACCUGGGCAGAAGAAGUAUACGAAGGGUGUCGCGGUCAGUUUUCUGAACCAUCAGACAUGGUACGGCUUGAAAAGGCGGGUAUCGAUGAAGUGUUUGUAGACCUCUCAGCGCUCGUGUUUGGGACGCUGUUGCACCGCUAUGAGAUACUCCGGCGGGCCGCUACUCUUGACGGGUCAAAAGAUGAUCCCAACACAUUUCUUCCUAGGCCUGAAACAACUGCGCUUGUAUGGGGAGAAGACGAUGAAUUAAUUGAUCUGGACACUGGUGAGUCUGAAGAGGACGACCCAGAGUGGGAUGAUAUUGUUAUACAGGUUGGUGCAGAAAUUGUAAAAUUCGUUCGAACAGCAGUGUGGGACCAGCUCAAAUACACUUGUUCUGGCGGAAUUGCAAGGAACAAAAUGAUGGCUAAACUAGGAAGCGCGUGCAAUAAGCCAAACCGACAGACUAUUGUCCGCAACCGAGCUAUUCAACAGUUUUUGAGCGGAUACAAAUUUACCAAAAUCCGCUCAUUGGGAGGAAAGCUGGGGAAAAGAAUUUCAUCGGAAUUCGAAACAGACAAAAUUAGCGAUCUACUAACCAUCCCACUUGAUCGACUGAAGAACAAACUGGAUGACGACACUGGGAUGUGGCUCUACCAAAUCAUUCGUGGAGAGGACGAUAGCGAAGUUACCCCACGAACGGAAAUCAAAUCCAUGAUAUCGGCCAAAUCGUUCAACCCCAAACUAGCUUCUCUGGACCAAGCAGAGAAGUGGAUGCGAAUAUUUGUCGCAGAAAUCUACGGGAGGUUGGUUGACGAAGGCGUCCUGGAGAACAAACGCCGUCCUAAGAUGAUUACAGUUCAUCAUUAUGGCCCAAACCAGGACAAGUCUCGUCAGACCCAUAUACCGACUGGAGGAGCCAUUGAUCAAGUUAUGCUCUUUGAGCUAGCAAAGAAUUUACUUCAGCAGGUGGUCAGUUGGCCCUGUUCGCAUUUAUCCCUGACUGUUAGCGGGUUUGAAAGCGGGAUCACGGGAAAUAAAAGCCUGGAUAGUUUCUUUAUCCGCGGGGCAGGUGAGACUCCAGUAUCACAACGCGACGGUAGCAUGCCGAAUGGCAACUGCCAGCCGGAGCUCCCUGAUGAUAAUUCGGGACAUCAAAGAAAGAAGCAAAAAGUCGGUGAGGUUCAUGGCCAACCCCCUUCGAAAGGGGUUGGUUUCUUCUCAAGAUACAAGACCAGCGCUAAACAAACACUCAUUGAGCCUUGUUCUGAAAACACGGGGGAAUCGUUAGCCAAUCUUCAAACGAAUCCAACUUCCUACUAUUCGACCCAGGACGUUUGUUCCCGUUGUGGAGAGGCCGUGCCAGAGUUUAUGCAAUCAGAACACGAUGAUUGGCAUUUGGCUAAAGACCUAGAAAGCCAGGAGCAACAGUCCCUGAACGCUGCUCGGGCGCGCAGUACGAGUACAGGGAAGACAAGACAAACGAGGUUGGCCUUUGGCUAA